AUGUCCAACUGGACCAUUGUAACUGAGUUCCUCCUCUUGGGAUUUUCUAACACUCGGCAGCUGCAGAUCUUACACUUUUUCAUCUUUCUAGUAGCAUACCUGGCAGCCCUGGUGGGGAACCUCCUUGUUAUCACUGUUGUAACUAUGGACCACAACCUCCACAGCCCUAUGUACUACUUCUUGGUGAAUUUGUCCAUCCUUGACCUUGGAUCCAUCUCUGUCAUUGUUCCCAAGUCAAUGGCCAAUUCUCUCUUAAACACCAGGACAAUCUCCUAUUCUGGAUGUAUGGCUCAGGUCUUCCUCUUCUCACUCUUUGGAAUAGCUGAUCUUGCCUUCCUCACCAUCAUGGCAUAUGACCGGUACAUUGCCAUCUGCAAGCCACUGCAUUAUGAGACUAUAAUGAACAAGCAAGCUUGUAUUCAAAUGGCUGUCGGUGCAUGGGUCAGUGCUACACUCCAUUCUUCACUGCAUGCUGGGGGCUUGCUGAGCAUACCCUUCUGCCGCUCCAACGUAAUCAACCAGUUUUUCUGUGAAAUCCCCCAGCUCCUCAAGCUGUCCUGCUCUGAUGCAUACCUCAGAGAAGUGGGGGUUAUUGUAUUUAGUAUGUGUUUAGUUUCAAGCUGCUUUGCUUUCAUAGUUGUGUCAUAUGUUCAGAUCUUACCUACAGUACUAAGAUUGCCCUCUAAAGGGAGUCGGAAUAAAGCUUUCUCUACCUGCCUCCCUCACCUCAUUGUGGUCUCCUUGCUUGUGAGCACUGGCAUCUCUGCCCAUAUUAAACCCACUUCUAGUUCCCCCUCAGCACUGGAUCUUUUUGUAGCUGUUUUGUAUUCUUUGGUGCCCCCAUUGAUGAAUCCAUUCAUUUAUAGCAUAAGGAACAAGGAGCUAAAAGAUUCUGUGAGGAAACUGAUCCAUAGGAGAAAGUUUGAUAAUAAUAACAAAUUAAUUUCCCUCUCAUGA